AUGGCCCGAGGCUCCUCGUACGCUGGCAAGCGCGUGGCCGUCCCCACGGCCCCGCGGCGCGCCGGCGCGCCGCGCCGCGCGCGCACCAUGCCGGUGGUCGAGGCCAGGAAGGUGGCGGUGCUCGGCGCCGCCGGCGGCAUCGGCCAGCCGCUGUCGCUGCUGCUGAAGAUGAACAAGCUGGUGACGGAGCUGUCGCUCUACGAUAUCGCCAACGUGAAGGGCGUCGCCGCUGACCUCAGCCACUGCAACACGCCCGUCCAGGUGGGCACACUGGGCCCCGCCUCGCGCCGUCGGAAAGCAGGAUUCGCCACCGCGGCUGGCCAAACCGCCCUCAUUGGCGAUGAUGGCGACGCGUGA